AUGGUCAACGUGACAAAGCGUGGCGUCAACACAGCAGCAGCCUUGAUAUUUGUCAAGCGUUGCCCCCAAAAAUCAAACAAACAAAAGAGAGUUUUAGGGAAGCUCGGACGAAGAAGGCAGCGGGGGCAUCUGCGGGCGCGUGCAGGCAGCUCGCACCGCGGCCCGGAGGCACCGCGCGCGAAGCGUCGCCGGUACCGCCCGGCGCCGGCUCCUCGCAGAGCUCGGGAGCGGCUGGCAGCCGGGCGCCCUCUGAGGCGGCGCCCGGCGCUGGGAGGCGGGGUGUCGGCGCUGGCGGACACCUCCGGUGCGCUGGUGGCGGCGGGCGGCGAGGCGUCUGGGCAGAAGCGGAAAGGAGGAAGGGUCGUGAAGUCUCGCUACCUGCAGUACGAAAAGAAGGGAAACAAACAGGCGAGUUCAUCAAGUUCUUUUACAACUUCUGCUACUAAACCAUCUGGAAAAGGAGGGAGCCAACAAAACAGAUCAGUUCUUCCUCAGAAGUGCAAAACUUCUGAUGUUUUCCCUCGUUCAUUAAAUCAGACCAGCUUUGAGAAAGGUGACUUACAAUCCACUUUAUUAGAUGAAGAUAAAAUUACUCGACCUGACCUUGAUCUUUCAGCUAUUAAUGACAAAAGCCUCCUCAAAAAGACUCCUAGUUCAAAGUCUAUUUGCAAAACAGGUACAAGGACAAGUGGAAAAAAACAAAAUGCGAAAUCUGAUUCUGAUGUUCUGAAGAAAUGGCUGGCAUCUCAGACACUGCUUUUAACUUACCUAAGAGUGAAGGCAGGGAAAAACCUUGCCAAGCUGGAGGAAAAAACGGAAGAAAACCUGCUAACGUUGUGUGAAGAAAAGGAGAAGAAACAGGAAAAGCUCUAUGAGUUGAAGCGUGAAUUCUUGCUUGAAGAGCGAGAGCAGAAGCUUGAAGAUGUGUUGAAUAAACAGAUGGAAGUACUCGCUCCCCUUGUUCCCGUCUGUGAACAGUUUAAAGAGCAAUAUAAAAGCUUUGCAACUUCCCUGGAUGCCACUAGACACGAAUUACCUGUGAAGAAUAUACACAUAGAGGGAGAUACACUAACAUAUCUGGAUGAACUGCAAAAGCAUUUAACUGUCACACAGGAGCUUCUGACAGAAGUUAAGCCUAGCUGUGCAGAAGAAAAUGCAAAAGCAUCCCCUGUACUGAAAGAGCUUAAAGAAGUCUUUCAGGAGCUGGAUAAAGAGCUUCAAAGGAGCUUCACACGAGUGCAGAACCUGUCAUUUGAAGUCAGUAAAGAAGUUUCUCUGCAUAACCAAAGAAUAUGCGAAGAGAACUAUGGACUAGAUGCUGUGAAACUAAAUGACUUGUCCAGCUUUUCAACAAUACCAGAGUAUGAAACCUGCAACAUAUAUGACUAAACUCUUCUGCGUGCUGUCCUGUGAGGAAACAUCUUUUUUCAGAUGUGAAUUCUCAUUCCCGUGGCACUUUCUUCAUCAUUUUUCUCCUUGACAGCACUGAAAGGUAAACAGUAAGAAAUGCUAUUCUUAGCAAGUAUUGUUUAUAUGCUUUUCUUGUUUUACCAUCUUGUAUCUGGCUUCAAGUGCACUGACUUGCAUUUCUUUCCAGAGUAGUUUUCCUUAAAGGGCAACAUAUCAGAGUAUAGAUGUGGAAUUUUGCAUGUGGUACUGUGCAUUUGAUAAUCUAGUCAGGAGAUCUGUAGGAUUGUACAACAUGAGCCUUGAUCAUUCAGUGAGCAACUUCUGCAGGAACUCUGGUUGUCCCUUGUUUCUUUAUUUGGCCAGAGGAAAAGCUAAAUGGGUAGCUAAUAGUGAGUCUGAUGAGUGGGAAGAACCUGGUCACUUGUGACAGUAAAGUUUGGUUUUUUGUCACUUAAUUGUCUUGGAAACAAAUUAUUUAAGUCUGAUAUGCUUUCCUAUUAACUUGACACUUUUUUAAGGAUCUAUAAUUUCAUUUUAUAAUAAAAAUUGUCUUUCACUGCUGUA